AUGACACUUUAUCGAGGAGUCAGCACUUUCUCGGUGAUUACGAGAUCACGGAGUAUGACCCAUGGAUUCAUGAUGACCUUGUCGGACGGGGGUUCUGUCAGAAGGAAUUUGUCGACAUCAUUCUGCCGUUGGGUUAUGAGUUACUCCGAGGCAUCAAAAAGGUCACGAUUUCCGGACAUGUGGGCAAGUCAAAUCACGAGAAAUGGGAACCUCUUUUGCGCGACCAGUUGCCCCCAUGCAAACCCCGAGAAAGGCGCGACAUGA